AUGCAGAAGACGGUUUUGGGUUAUAUCGUAUGUGGAAAGAUUAUAGAUCCUGCUCCAGAUCCACAGGCCAUCCAAACCAGCCAUAUAUGCAUCGACGAUUCACUCGAUCAGCAGCUCGAACGCUUCUGGGAAAUCGAAAACUUCGAUGUCGGGAAGACCUACACCCACGAAGAGCAGCUCUGCGAAGACCAUUUCCAACAAACCGUUGGUCGCGACCAAGAUGGAAGAUAUGUAGUCCGUCUUCCGCUGCGGGAAGCGAUGCUUCCGUUGAUUGGAGAUUCCUACCCAGUUGCACUUCGUCGAUUUCAAUCCAUGGAAAAGAAGUUUAUGGCCGAUGAAGCUCUUCGAAAAGCAUAUCAAAGUUUUAUGUUGGAGUAUGAAGCACUUGGUCAUUUGGAGGUGAAUCCUUGCGCGUCGCGUGGCCCACAGUUCUUCCUGCCUCACCAUGCCAUCCACCGUCCUGAAAGCUCCACCACGAAAACACGAGUAGUGUUUGAUGGAUCCUGUCGAUGUUCCAGCUUGUCGCUCAACGAAGCUCUUUUUGUUGGUCCCACUGUACAACCAGCUCUGUACUCCACAGUUGUAAACUUCCGUAUGCCUCGCUAUGUAGUUACCGCUGACGUUGCGAAAAUGUUCCGGCAGAUAUGGAUCCAUCCGGAUGAUCGAAGGUACCAGCAAAUUUUGUGGAGCUCCCCGUUUCACGCUGCUCGGGUGCUCAAUCAGUUGGCCAUUGACGAAGGAGGACGUUAUCCGUUAGCAGCUCAAGUCAUUCGCAACGGGACAUACGUGGACGAUGUACUCACAGGCCAUGAUAAUCGCGAUACACUUGCCGAAACAUGUAACCAGCUAAUGAAGUUGCUUGAACGCGCUGGGUUCGUGCUGAGGAAGUGGGCAACAAACGACAUCGCUGUCCUGUCUACCGUUCCCCGUGAACUAUGGGAAACAUCGCUUGAAUUCGAACUGGAUCGAUCGCCUACCGUGAAGACAUUGGGGCUUCUCUGGUCCUCAGAAACGGACACAUUUAAAUUUAAAAUUCCAGUCCUGUCGCAACUGGAUGUCGCUACCAAACGCAUCGUCGUGUCUGAAAUGUCCCAAUUAUUCGAUCCUCUUGGCCUGUUGGGACCCGUGGUGAUAAAAGCGAAGAUGUUUGUCCAAGUACUCUGGGCAGAACACAUACCGUGGGACCAAGAACUGUCCGAAGAGUAUACCAAAUGGUGGAAAUCGUACCGUGCGGAACUCAGUCUACUCCAGUCACUCUCCGUACCACGCAGAACAGUGUUGAAUCACCAGUACAGUCUGCACUGCUUCUGCGAUGCUUCGAAAUUAGCCUAUGGCUGUUGCAUUUACGUCGUUUCUUCUGAUGACUUCGGACAGCUUCAAUGCCGCUUGCUGACAGCCAAAUCUCGCGUUGCUCCACUGCGCGGUCAAACCAUCCCUCGGUUGGUACUCUGUGCUGCGUUGCUCGGCAGUCAACUUGUCGACAAUAUUCGUCAAACUACGAAGUUCGUCGAACCCCCAACAUUUUGGGUAGAUCCACUGGAUAAAGUCGAAGUCGAAUGUCUGGAAGGUUUUUGUCUCAAAAACGUGUCGCUGAAAUACAGCGCCUCAACAAAGGCUGCAUAUGGAGACACGUUCCAACUGAAUUAA